AUGGAGAAUGCAAAGGGAAAUGAUACAAGUGAAUCCUCAGAGGCUCGUAUGAGCCGAAUGGAACAGAUGCUUGCAGCAUUGAUCGAAGCUAUAACACAGCAGAGACAACGACUUUUCCCCCAUCCACCUCUGCCGGUACAAGUUGAACCUGAUAAUAAUGACAUUAUCAACCUGACACAGAAAUUCAUGAAGAUGAAAUCGCCAACAUUCUUGGGUGGAAUUGAACCGUUGAAAGCGGAGACAUGGUUACUUGAGAUGGAAAAACUAUUUGAAGUAUUUCCCUGUACCGAGACUCAGAAGGUUUUAUUAGCCACCUAUACUCUCAAAAACGAAGCUCAAAGAUGGUGGUUACUGAUUCGGAAUACCAAUGGGAACAUGACAUGGGCUCGCUUUAAUGAGAUCUUUUAUGAAAAGUAUUUUCCUCAUUGUUUUCAGGAUCGAAAAAUGUCUGAAUUCCAAGAACUCAAGCAAGGCAGAAUGUCCGUAGCUGAGUACGAAGCUAAGUUCAUUGAAUUGGCCAGAUUUACUCUUCACAUGGUGGACAUGGAGUAUAAGAAAGCCCGCAAAUUUGAAGGAGGAUUAAACUUAGACAUAUUUGAUCGAGUAGGCGUAUUGAAGUUGCCAACAUACAUACAAGUCCUUGACAGAUCCUUAAUGGCGGAAGCUACCCUAGUCGCUAUGAGACAAAGUAAGGCCCCAACAAUAACAACAACAAAAUGGAGAGGAAAAAGGUCUGGGUAUAGUUUCAGAAAAGGUCGUUCUCAUGUAAAUAAAAAGCAGAACACGGGGUCUACAAGCAGCUUAAGUCGGAGCAAUGGAUUUAUUCCAGUUUGCCCUGAUUGUGGAAUGAGGGAUAAGGGUGUGUGUUACCGAGCAUCCGGUGCUUGUUUCUGA